GAGAUAUCAUGAAGAGCGUAGACAGCUUUGCAUAGGUGUCAUCACGUGCCACAUUUCCAGCCAUGCCCAAGCAAUCGGUCAGUGAUCGAGCCAAGACGCUUCCAGGCAGAUUCCCAGCAGCAGCGGGAUGACGGGGGGUAUUCAAAAUGCCUGUUUCAUCAGGGGAGCUAACCCCUCGGCACCUUCUUCAGAUCCUCUCGGUUUCAAUGGCGGCCGGGCUGAGGUUCCAUUCUGGCGGCGGCUAGAUCCAGUCGUGACGUUUUUGUAUCCGUAUUUCAAGUUGGCUAGCACCCCGCUUACAGUUCCCAGGUUGCUGGUUGGUGUGCCUGGCGCUGAAUGCUUCCUGAUCCAUAUCUUGGGGAAACUUUGGUCUUUCGAAAGAGUUCCUCCCUCCUUCUCUUGUGUCUCGUCCCGCAUUCGUCCAGUUUUCGUCCCGCCGCCACCAGCCCCUCUCAUAUUGACGACCUUCUCAUAUUGACGACCCUCCCCAACCGCAACCGGAACUGCUGCCACUGAGCCUGGGCCCUUCAACAAAAACCUUUGCUGAGGAUUGGCACUGUUGAGGAUCUGAGCAUCGUGAUAGCUUCACUUGUGACUUGACACGUGCUCAGUAAUCAUUCGCUUGCCCUCUGGACGAGUACCUACGGGCAAUAACAAAACCGAGGUUGGGAACCUGCAUAUCUGCCUCCCAACAAUACCGUGUUUGCCCCUCCAGGCCUCCCCGCGGCACAUAUUUGACCCGGAGCGCGAACAGCAUCAUUUAAUACCCCAUUCGGCCUCACUCACCACCAACUGACGCCCCGACAAUCCGUCAACUCUCCUGCUUUUUCCUCCAACCUCGAAGAUGUCUGUCUCGACGGAAGCCAGAGAGCUGGGUCUCUCCAUCCUGGGCCUGGGAACCCGAUACCCUCCUUACACUCUUGACUCCCGCGCGGUCGAGGAACUGAGCAAGCGCUACCAUCCGGAAACACCAGCCAUGCAAAAAGUCCUCGCCAUCAACCGCUUCACCGGCAUCGACAAGCGCUCCUCCAUAGGCCGACCGGACCACUGGCUCGUAAACCAACCCGAACCACCAACGAUCGCCCAACUCCACGAUGUCUUCAUGUCCGACGGUGUCCCCCUCGCCAUCUCGGCCUCGAAAGAAGCACUUGCCGAAGCGCACAUCACCGACGUAUCACAAAUCACCCACAUGGUCUCAGCAACCUGCACUGAUUCUGCCAACCCAGGAUACGACCACUACGUCGCCAAAGCCCUCGGUCUCUCUCCAUUCGUUGAGAAAACUCUGCUUCAUGGCGUUGGUUGCUCAGGUGGCUUGGCAGCGCUGAGAACAGCAGCCAAUCUCUGCCUAGGCCAUAGCACGAGGGGAUUGCCCGCGAGGAUAUUGGUUGUUGCGUUGGAGAUCUCCACGACGUUAGUCCGCUCGGAACUGGAAUCCAUACAUAGUAAUCAGGAGACGAGAAUUGGGGUUUGUUUGUUCAGCGACUGCGCCUCGGCGGUAGUCGUCUCAAACGACAUCCCCUUUUCACCAACCGAACCGCUACCGCCACCAGUCUAUAGCCUUCUCGACUGGAGGCACCAAACCGUCCCCGACACGGAACAAGACCUCGGCUUUGACACGCACCCCCAAGGCUGGAAAGUAGUUCUUUCCCCUCGCGUCCCGAACCUCACAGCGUCGGUCUUGGAACCGACGUAUAACUCGUUAAUGUCGGGAAAGAAGCUCCCGGAGGGGUAUGGCUCGCCAAAGGACUUUGACUGGGCGAUGCACCCGGGGGGAGCGACGAUUCUCACGGGGGCCGAGAAGGUGCUGGGGAUACAGCCGGAGCACAUGAGGGCGAGCUAUGAUACGUAUGUCAAUCAUGGAAACUCGAGCUCGGCGACGAUUUUUAGCGUGCUGAAUCGGUUGAGGGGGAAGGAGAUGGAUGGGGUGGCUCCGGGGGGGGGGGGGCGAGGGAGUUGGUUGUGGGUUGUGCUUUUGGGCCGGGGAUCACGGUGGAGAUGUGUCUGUUGAGGAGGAAUCUGAGCAGGACGGAAGGGGGGAGGAAGGGGAUGGAGACGCCGCCGGAGACGGAGGAGAGUAGUGAGGAUGGGGAGGGGGGGCGUGAGGUGAGCGAGGAGGAGAAGAAGGGGAGUGAGGUGAGUGAGGAGGAGAAGGGGAGCGAGGAGGAGGCGUUUAUAGCUAAGGCGUUGGAGAGUGUAGAGCUGGACUGAGGAGGGUGGUGAGAAAAGGGGGUGUAUAUAUGUGGUGUGUUGAACCCCGGGCGGCAUGACACGAGUCGUAUGGCGACCUCACUUGGGGACAAGCGGCCGACUAUGGGGGGGGAGUACCUACGGGCCUUGGGCUAGACGUGUAUAUUUUCCCAACAGAUACCAUAUAUCAAUCUUUCUUCUCCUGAUUCCCG